GAGAGGGGCCACACCAUUUUACACACAGUCGCAGAUCUCUUCUCCUCCCCGCCUCUUUUGUUGCUGACUAAAUUUGCUGGCGCUCUUCUUCCAGUCUCCUCCUGCUCCCUGUAUAUAAACCCACCUCCCUUCUCCCAUUCUCUCUCGUCCACCACCAUCGCACCCAUUUCCUUUCAGCUCCUCUCUCUCUCUCUCUCUCUAGAUUCCCUCCACCGACUGCCAAGGAAAGACAAAAUGGUGAAGAUCUGUUGCAUUGGUGCUGGCUACGUCGGUGGGCCAACCAUGGCUGUGAUUGCACUCAAGUGCCCCAAAAUUGAAGUUGCAGUUGUUGACAUCUCUGUCCCCAGGAUCAAUGCCUGGAACAGUGACCAGCUACCCAUCUAUGAGCCAGGCCUCGAGGAUGUUGUCAAGGAGUGCAGAGGCAGAAACCUGUUCUUCAGCACCGAUGUGGAGAAGCACGUCUUCGAGGCAGACAUUGUUUUCGUCUCGGUCAACACCCCGACCAAGACUCGGGGUCUUGGUGCUGGGAAAGCAGCAGAUCUCACUUACUGGGAGAGUGCAGCGCGUAUGAUCGCUGAUGUCUCCAAAUCGGACAAAAUUGUCGUGGAGAAGUCAACUGUUCCCGUGAAGACUGCAGAGGCAAUUGAGAAGAUCUUGACACACAACAGCAAGGGGAUCAAGUUCCAGAUCCUCUCAAACCCUGAGUUCCUUGCUGAAGGAACAGCCAUCAAAGACUUGUUCAACCCUGAUAGGGUUCUCAUUGGAGGAAGGGAAACCCCCGAGGGGCAGAAGGCAAUUCAGACAUUGAAGGAGGUCUAUGCUCACUGGGUCCCUGAAGAUCAAAUCUUGACCACCAACCUUUGGUCUGCUGAGCUCUCCAAGCUUGCUGCCAAUGCCUUCCUGGCUCAGAGAAUCUCUUCGGUGAAUGCCAUGUCAGCUCUAUGUGAGGCAACUGGUGCUGAUGUCACUCAAGUGUCAUUUGCUGUUGGUAAGGACUCGAGAAUCGGCCCUAAGUUCUUGAACGCCAGUGUCGGCUUUGGUGGGUCCUGCUUCCAGAAGGAUAUUCUGAACCUGGUAUACAUCUGUGAGUGCAAUGGUCUCCCCGAGGUGGCUGAAUACUGGAAGCAAGUCAUCAAGAUCAAUGACUACCAGAAGAACCGAUUCGUGAACCGUCUCGUUUCAUCCAUGUUCAACACCGUGGCAACCAAGAAGAUUGCCAUUUUGGGCUUUGCAUUCAAGAAGGAUACUGGUGAUACCAGGGAGACCCCGGCGAUUGAUGUCUGCAAGGGGCUUUUGGGCGAUAAGGCCCGGUUGAGCAUCUACGAUCCCCAGGUGACCGAGGACCAGAUUCAGAGGGACCUCUCCAUGAAGAAGUUCGACUGGGACCACCCUCUCCACCUCCAGCCCAUGAGCCCGACCACUGUGAAGCAAGUCGGCGUGGUCUGGGAUGCCUAUGAGGCAACCAAAGAUGCUCAUGGUCUCUGCAUUUUGACCGAGUGGGACGAGUUCAAGAAGCUGGACUUCCAGAGGAUCUACGACAACAUGCAGAAGCCUGCUUUUGUGUUCGACGGGAGGAACGUUGUGAAUGUGGAUAAGCUGAGGGAGAUCGGUUUCAUCGUCUACUCGAUCGGUAAGCCUCUGGAUGCGUGGUUGAAGGACUUGCCUGCUGUGGCUUAGAGGAGAACUUUGAGAUGCUUUGGCCAGUUGGAGAUCCCUUACCAGACAGAUCAUAUUAUGCUUUUAUUUGAGACACAGAAAAUUCCGAUGAUUCUUUCUUUCUUACUUACCCGUUUUAAGUCUUAUUGCCCCUUUGCUUCUUGCAUUGUCAUUGUAUUGGGAACGCAAGAGGCUGCUGUAUCGUUUUUGGCUUACAUUGUAUUUUGACGUAUAUCUCUUUUGUGAUAUGGUACUCUCUUUUUUACUGUCUCAUUGUAAUGUUGGGUUAGAACAGCUAUUCGUCUUCGGAUAAACUUCGAUAUACUCCCAUUUUGUUGGGCGAUGGAGUUCAAUAGUUAUUUGUUUCUUGUUC